AUGAAUCACCAAAUUCCCAAUCUGCUUCUUGUUCUUUCGGUCUUUUCCUAUUUCUCAUGUUUUCUGGUCCUUGUACCAGUAAAUGCAGAAGUUUUUUUGAGCAUAGAUUGUGGCUCUUCUUCAUUGAAACCUCAUACAGAUUAUAAUUCAAUCGUAUGGGUCGCGGACGAUCCUUACAUACAGACCGGAGAAACUCAUGAAGUUAUGAUCGAUGCACCUGAUGUAGAGGCCUGGGAUUCUCGUGUUAUGAGCACUCUCAGAGCCUUCCCAACUCCUAAAAAGAACUGCUAUUCGAUAGAUAUUGAUGAUAAAGCUAAGGAUUCUACCUCGACUACUAAGGUUGAAAGAUUCCUUGUUCGAGCUAGUUUCUAUUACGGGAACUAUGACAAUAAGUUCAGCCCACCGACUUUCAAUCUUCAAUUCAACGGGAACAGUUGGUCACAAAUUGUAACAGAUCAGGACAAUAUCAUAUACGCAGAAAUGGUAUUUGCAUUGAACAAGGGUAACAACAUAAACAUAUGUCUUGCUCAAACACAACCAGAUCACAUUCCGUUUAUAUCGGCUCUUGAAGUUAGAAGUUUGAAUGAUCCGUAUGCUUACAGUUAUAUCAACCGUAAUCAUCCAUUAUUUUUCUUCGAACGAUUUGCUUUUGGUACCAGCACAACUAUAAGGUACCCCCAAGAUGACCUUGACCGAAUUUGGGCACCAUUUCAAACCAAUAUUAGAGUUAGAAGCAACUCGCUAUAUCGAAAUGUCAACAUUGACGAAGCUAAAUCUCUCGAGUCUCUAAGCGCAUCACUUAAAAAAUUGAUUGAGAUUAAAAACAGUAACCUGUCAUCCCCACCUGUAGCAUUUCUUCGUUACAAUUACGAUGGUCCCCCUAAUGCCAUACUAAAGACGCAUUUGAGUUCAUCUGAAAAACUUUCUUAUACUGGAGUUUCAGAUCCUAAAGUUCCUAUCAAUCACAAUGCGUACUUCUCAGAAGCGACGAGACUAAAUUCUACUCAGAAACGAUCAUUCAAUAAUAAACUCGAUGGUGUUGAUAUUCGUCCUAGUGGCCCUGUGACACCACUUUUCGGAUACGCAAUCGAGGUCCUCAUUUUCAAUGUGACUUCUUUCGCCACCAGUUCUUCAUAUUCGAUUGAUUUUGUGCGCACGAAAGACUCAAAUCUUCCUCCGUUAAUCAAUGCCAUUGAAGGAUAUACUGUCGGUGAUAAAUUGGUUCAAGGAACCAAUUCAAGUGAUGAUUGGAAUGGCGAUCCUUGUUUACCUUCACCCUACACUUGGGAUUGGGUUGCAUGUAGCUCUGAUGCCGAUUCUCCUCGCGUUACAGCACUGUAUCUCAAUGACCUUCGAUUAGUAGGCACUUUACCAGAUUUUAGCGACAUGGAUGCUCUUGAUGCCAUAGAUUUGCACAACAACAGUUUGACGGGAGAAAUUCCCGAUUUCUUUGGCAUACUUCCCAAGCUUAGAGUACCAAAUUUGGCGGACAACAAUUUUUCAGGAACAAUACCUCUAUUACUAUCAAAUAAUGUCAAUUUGAAAUUAAAGUAA